AUGAGUAGUUACAAUGGUUUUUGGUGGGAAUAAAUCUGACGACACAGAUUCUAAUAAACAAGUGGGUGAAUGGGAAAAAGAUUUUGACCAAUUCACCGAUCGAUUUAAUGAGAUUGCAAAGAAAACAAUUUAUCACACUGGCGGGAUCUUAGGAGAUAUCAAUGACCGAGCCAAACAAAUGACGCUCGAUUGGUUAUUUGAUGAGAGUUCUGAUAAGAAGCCAGGAUACGAGGAGGACAUCAAGGAUAUUAGUAAUAGUUUCAAAUCAAUGAUUACCGAUUUGAGCCCAAGAAUUGAAGAGUUCAUUUCUAAACCUUACGAAGAUAGAACAGGAUGCAAAGAAGAUAAGUUUGGAUUUGGAUUCAGACCAUGGGGUGGGUUCCACCGCGGGUUUAGAAGCGGCGAAACUCCGUAUGGGUACUAUUCAUACGGAGCACCAUCCGCAAGGUAUUAUAACGAAUGCUUGAAUAAAGAAGGGGAAUCAGUAUGGGAUUCCAAAGGGUAUUGGAGAUGUUUGUUCCCCAAUCGUGAAGUGCCCAAUGAGUUAUUGAAUUAUAAGAAGCAAUACAAACCGGACGAGAUCUUAACUAAAGAAGAUUUUGAACAGGCGGUAACUGAGAAAGGAGCAAGUAACGAAGACGUGAUUGAAUUGGGUAAUAGAGGAACCUUCUUUAAAAAAUUUGAUGCUUAUUUAAGUUGGAAGAAUGUCAUGUAUGAAAACGUUAAGAGAGAACGAGAAAUGAAAAGACAAGCAUUCAAAGAAAGACAAAUUACAAAUAUCGAAGAUAAACAAGUGGUUUCAUCAUCAAUACAAUCUAGUAUGAAUACCACUGAUGACGAAAUUGUUUUGAAUGAAAUCAAGACAGAAAUUUUCAAUGAUGGUAGUUCGAUUACAAAGAACAUCACCAAGAGUAAACCCGUUGGGUCCAAGGAAUGGGUUAACGUCAACGAGAGUGUUGACCACGGAAAUGCCAACUCCAAAGGAUGGUUUUGGUCAAAGGAUUAAUUGUACAUAUCGGGAGUUUUUAUGAUUUUAAUUGUUUAUAAUUUUAUAGUGAGCCAG